AUGUUAUCAAGGACACGAAUAUUAUUCUGCAAUUCCAAUAACUGGAAAUUUCUGCCGAAUCGAGAGCGAAUAGUCUACAAAAAUCGGAAAGAAGCGUUUUUUGAUUAUGCAAAAGUAUCUGGUGCAAAUAUUAUUUGGCAACUUGGUUUAGCAGUUCUUGUAUUGUAAGUUCAUUAUUUUUUUUUGUUUUCCAAUUCAUUUCCAUUCAUUUUAGAGAAUUUGGAUUCCCAACACCUGAUAUUGUAUAUGAUUUGAAGCGACUAAUAUCUCCCGAUUUCGAUUUGUUCUGUAAAACAAAUGAUUUAGUCGAUUUCCAAUUAGAUUUUGAAAAUAAAUUGAGAGCUGUUCAACGAGAAGAAGUUCGAAGUUAUGAACAAAGUAUAAAUGCUAAAUCACCUGAACAUAAAUUUGGUGGUAUAAUUUAG